CAACGAAUCAAGUGGGCAGCCCCCACACGCGGAGUUGCUCCGUGUCGCUCGCUCAGUCGCUCAGUCACUCAGUCACUCACCUGGACACCCACUCAGUCGCUCAGUCACUCACCUGGACACCCACUCAGUCGCUCAGUCACUCACCUGGACACCCGCUCAGUCGCUCAGUCACUCACCUAGUCACUCAGUCACUCACCUAGUCGCUCAGUCGUUCACCUGAUCACUCGCUCAGUCACUCAACUGACCUGGUAAAAUAAAGUGUUUUAUAGUCGCUCAGUCAACUCCGCUAGUCACUUCAGUCCAGCAAAGAGGUCGACCCCGCGCGGAUGUAUUACUACCUGCCCGGGCGACAGAAGAAUUGAGAGGAGAGAGAAGAGAAGGAGAGAGAAGAGAGGAGAGAAGAGAGGAGACUUACCUCUCCGAGUUGCUGAGGUCGGAGAGAGGCGAGGAGCAGGCAGCCACGAUGACUCGGAAGAGCUUACCGUCGUCUCUCCUGCUGAGUAGCCUCAUCGUCCAGAUGCUGUGCGUGGGCGGGACUCCGGUCACGUCGCCUCCGUGCACCCUGCCUGGGCCCUGGGACAUCCGCUGUCUCCCAGGGUGCUUCCUCCAGGAGGAGAGCGGCACCUGCGCCCCGUGCCCGCGCGGCUCCUUCAUGGACCACGCCAACACCAAACAUAAGUGCCUCAGGUGCAGAAGCUGCAACGCAGAUGCCGGCUUCGAGGAGGAGCGGCCGUGCAGUGCGCUGGCCAAUGCGGAGUGCCGGUGCCGUCCCGGCCUGCACUGCGUGAGCCCCGACUGCCCGCUCUGCUCGGGGCAGCCGCUCUGCCCCCCGGGGCAGCAGCCCGGGCCCCCCCCGGAGGCCACCUCCUGCAUCCCCUGCCCACCCGGCUCCUACUCCGACUCCACGUCCGCCACGCUGCCCUGCAGGGAGCACACGCGCUGUGAGGAUUCUGGAUUGAGAACCAUUACCAAUGGCACGGAGACUACAGACACAAAGUGUGAAGACCAAGGAGUGGCCUACCUCACAUAUGGGUCGAUUUUGAUGAUGGUGGCGCCGCUGGUGGUGCUGGCGGUGCUGGUGGUGGUGGGGCUCUGCUGCAUACUUCACCGCAAAGGCUGUUGCAAGAAGGAAAGAGACGACGUGGAGUUUUACAACAAGGAGGACAGCCUGACGCACCUGCAGCCCUCCAACGAGGAGAACGACGAUGACGUCCCCAACGUUCCCGGCGCUAUGGUCCCUCAUGUUCCCGGCAUCCAGUUCAACGUGAAUGCUCAGGUCGUGCAAAUCGGAAACUCGAACCGCUGCUCUGUGGACGGACAUGAGCCGGGCUCCCCGGUGACAUAAUCCACGGGGGUAGCAAGCGGCAGCAGCAGAAGCUACGGGGGGGGGGGGGGUGGGCAGAUAGAUGGCCCCCCAGGGAAAGCCCCCCACCCCCCCCACACACCCGCACCUCGUGAGGGAAUGGCAACAGUGUCGUCGGAACUCUCGCAGACGGAGAAUGCCGGAAGAAGAGCAGAGGAGAAGGGGAGGCCUUGCUGGUGGCGGGGUGAUCGCGGCUUCAAGAGAGGAGCGAUGGACACUGGCGGAAUGAGGGGGGGGGGGGGCCGCAAUGGGGCCCGCUUCGCGUACCCGACGACUUGCUCAGUGCAUUGAUGCCCGCGUCUUUUUUGCACGUACCGUGGUUACCUCGCCAUCGCUUACCCCCGGGGGUUACGAACUUUUACCGCGAGGUACCCAAAUGUUUUUAGGCUGCGUGGCGAUGCGCUGGUUACCCAGAUGGCACCGGGAGCGUCAGCGGUGGUCCUGAUUACGUUGGCAAUUAUAUUGAUUGUACCUGUCGUAUAAUUAAGGGUGGCAAGGACUGAGGAUUUAACGUGGAAAAGACAAAGGCGACAGAGUUCGGAAGGGAGGACAUCGAGAAAGAAGCAUAAUCGCGGGAAAGCGGCAAGGUUUGCGAACGUUAAGGAAUUUGUAUAGUUGGGAAGGAUCCGGACAUGGGAAAAUAACCGCACGGGAGACACGGGUGCGAGAAUAGGAAAGGCAAAAGGAGGAACGGCAGGACUUGGGUGACAUCUGGAGAAGCAAGCGAAUCGGCCACAAGACCAAAGUGAGGACGUGCGUGUUCAGUACAGCUUUGUACGCCGGCGAGAAUUGGAGGUUUUAACAACGACUGGCGGAGAUACGACACUGGCACUCAAAAUCGCACCGCUGGAGAAGGAUGCUGCAUCUACGCUGGAACCCAAGAGUGACCAACGUAGAAGUGAUCAAAAUGCCUAGAAAUUUAUUUUGGUUAUAUAUUCUUUAUACAUCGGUUGUGCGGUUGACUUGGUCUUGGGAUUAUAUUUAUCGGCGUAAUCGUGACGGGGUGGUUGGUAUAUCCCGGUGAUUGAUUGAAUGGCUGUUCGGCGCGAUGUCCGACGUUUGGAUGCGUGAUGCCCGGCGCAAUAAACCCGCAGCCUCCACCCGA